AUUCCGUCUGUUGACGUCAAACCGAAAGGGGCUACAGUGGGUGGAGUGAAUGGUAUCUUGCACGAGGUGAAUUUUAAUAAGCUGGAUAUUCUAAAGGAUAUCCUGUCCGAACAGAACACAGAAGACAAUAUAAUGGAGAAAAUAUCCGUUUUGUUGAAACAGAACGCUGAACCUUGCGGGAAAGAAGAAAUUACGGCUGACACAAGAGAAGUAACAUUAGAGUCGGCGUUCAAACAUCUUUCUCAUGGUAAUCCGGACUUUGUGGAACGAGUUCUGCAUAGAGUGUCAGAAUAUGUUGAAGAUGCCAACGCAGAGGAAAGUGCGACGGAAACUUUGCGGAAGGCAAUUGUUAGUGUUGUUCAGGAGCGUAGCGAGCAGCGGAUACGAGAAAUGAUUCAGGAAGAAGCUUUAGGUGAGAAGGACGAGGACCUCGAUCAGGGAGGUCUGAGAGGACUUUUGAUGCAGGCAGCAGGCCUAGCACGUGCCCUUGGUAUGUCAGACGUUGUAGCUGAUCUCGUCGAAGUCCUUUCUGAUCCCCAGUCUACGCAGGUUCUAGCCAGUGAUCGUCUUACCAUGGCCAUUCUGCGUCGUCUCACAGUUAUGCGUCAGUUGGCAGAGAAGCGGCCCAGCCUCAGCCUGGCGUUGGGGCUGCUGCAGAGUGACCCUGAGAUAGCGAGGGCUAAUCCACAAAUCAGGGAACUGGUGCGUGAAAGUGCCGCUUUAAUGGCAGUGACUGAAGAAGACCGCCUGCCACUGGAGUCAUCCAAGGACAUUCCUAGCGUGUUGAUUCACUCCAACAACAUCCUGGCAAUGGAGGAUUUUCUGUUUUCUAGAAAUCAACAAUCAGCAGGGACAUUGCUGAUUCUGAAACAAGGAUUGCAGGCUAUCAUACCUAGAGAGAACGCUAGGGCCGUUCUCACGGGACAGAUUCCUUACACUGUGUUAGACGAAACAGGAAUACGCCACUUUGAGCCUUUGCACGUAUUCUCAGCCCUGAGGUUGCCUCGCCAAGCAGCGUAUCACUUCUCAAUAUAUUCUUGCCCCGUAGCUAAAGAAGAAGCUUCUUACACAGCUUCGUCUUCAACGCCUCAGAGUUCUUGUGAGGAUUUAGGGAUGUUGGACAGCUACCGGCGUCAGAGCGAUACGACGACAGCUAGCCGACGGCGAGGGACUCUGGACAGUGUCGAUGGUUCUACUCUGAACUACACGCGACUAAAUGGAGACAGUGACACACAGAGUAUCACCAGUGGGUACAACACACCUACAGCGAGGAAUGGCAGUCGCUACAGCAGAAGAUACGGGGAUGAUAGCUAUGGUCGUUAUAACGGCGAGAGGUCACUGACUCCCCUCAGUGGAUACAGCACCCCAAAAUCGAGAUCAAAUGACAAUGGAGACAACGCCUCUGCUCUCAGGGUUAGAGGUUACGGAACGACUGUUCCUACUUACAGAAGCCUGAGUCGUAACAGAUCAUCUGUCAGAAUGUUGGGGUCAGAGGUGUGCGACUUGUUCGUAGCGACGCAAAACUUUCAGGCGGAUGACGUUGAUGCCAUAUCCCUCAAGAAGGGAGACGCCGUGGAGGUUCUGGACACCGGCCCGGAGUCUGUCAAGAGGCUGCGUCUGGACCCCGACCUGGACCUAGGGACCGAUGUAGCGGCCCUACUGGAUAAUUCCGCAGCGCGCCACAAGUUGGCCAUCCGGCCGCGCAGGAAGCACGUGGACUCAAGGCAGGUGCAGCAGGAGGAGACCCGGUGGCUGGUGAGGGUGUUCGAUGAUCCGUCCAGGCAAGGUUGGGUUCCGGCGAGCCUCUUGGAGCGUUCAGGAGAGGAAAUGAAACUGCCAGCAGACAUAAGACCAGAAGUUGAUGGCCAGAGGCGAGAAGCCGUGGUGCAGGAGCUGGUAGAGACUGAAGAAGAAUUUGGACGUGAUCUGCAGCAGGUCGUGGAGUGCUACCUCAAGCCACUAGAUAGCAGUAAUGUCCCUCGUGUGGUGCGGGACAACAAAGAUCUCAUAUUCAGCAACUUACAGCAGAUUGCUGACUUCCAUAACACAGUUCUCAUAGAGGGUGUGAAGUAUUAUGCAAGUGAGCCUCGGAUGCUUGGACGAACUUUCUUGAGACUGGAGCGAGACUUUGAUAAGCACGUAGCAUACUGUCGGGAUGAACCAUUAGCACAAGAGUUUCUGCAGGGGAAUGAUGCAGUGAGGGACUACUUUGAGGAGCACAGCCAACAGCUUGGUGACGACAAGAGUCUGUCUGAACAUCUCAAACUUCCAAUACAACGCAUUAAUGAUUACCAGCUCCUGCUUAAGGAGUUGGUAAAGUACUCCUCUCGGCUUGGUGAAGACACCAGUGAUCUUCAGAAGGCUCUAGAGUUAAUGCUUGGAGUGCCCCACCGGGCCAACGAUAUCAAGUUCAUAUCUAGCAUUGAGGGUUAUCACGGUAACAUCCACAAGUUAGGUCGAUUAUUACGACACGAUUGGUUUACAGUAUCAGACAGAGACGGAAAGUGCAAGGAAAGGUACCUUUUUCUGUUCAAAGCCCGGAUUCUUAUCUGUAAGGUCCGUCGCAUCUCAGAUGAUCGGUCAAUCUUUGUGCUCAAGGACAUUAUCCGUUUACCUGAGGUUGAGGUGAAUGAUAACAAGGACAGUCCCUACACAUUUGAGCUCCAUCAUAUAGUUCCUGGAUUUGGUCAUUAUCCUCUCACUAUCAAGGCACAUUCUGAUACCUUGAAACCAGCCUGGCUUAAGGAGAUCCGACAGUAUGCAUCAAAUCUGAUUGCUCUUGCAGAACAUGCUGCAGAUGAUCUUCGUCUCCAAAGUCCACUAGGUAACAACGAGGACAAGUCAGAACCUACUACACCUCCACCCCAAGAAACAGCAAAGGUACAACUAUUAAUAAAACCACAAGAGGAAGCUUGUGAGAAGAAAGAGUUUUCAACAGAGCCAGCAAAGAUUCUAAAUGGCCUAGAGCCACAACAGGAAUCUGAUAAGAUAGCACAAGUAGGAAGGAAAGUUCCUGAAAAGAAAGAACUCAGGACUCUUGAAACGAAACCAGAGUUAGAAAUCAAGGUUCCUGAAAAAGCAGAGGCUAUAAUCAGUUCUCCUUUACAAGAAAUCAAGGUUCCUGAAGACAAACUAGAGCCUGAAAUCAAGACUCUUGAAAAGAAGCCAGAGAUCAAGAAACCAGAGGUAGAAAUCAAGGUUCUUGAAACAUUUCCAGAGCCUGAAAACAAGAAGCCAGAGUCUGAAAGCAAGUCUCUUAAAAGGAAAUCAGAGACAGAAAUAAAGUUUUCUGAAACAACAGCAGAGCAUGAAAGCAAGGUUCUUGAAAAGAAACUAGAGCUUGAAGUCAAGGCUCCUGAAGAGAAUCUAGAGUCUGAAACCAAAGCUCCUGUAAAAACAGACUCAGAAGUCAAGGCUCCUGAAAAAGCAGAGACUGAAAUCAAAGUUCCUGAAAAAGACAAGCCUGAAAUCAAAACUCUUGAAAAGAAAGCAGAAUCAGAAAUCAAAUCUGAAAAGAAACUGCAGCCAGAAAUAAAGUCUCCUGACAAGAAAGCAGAGACUGAAAUCAAAGCUCCUGAAAAAGUAGAGCCUGAAAGCAAAUCUCUUGAAAAAAAAGCAGAAUCAGAAAUCAAGUCUGAAAAAGAACUGCAGCUAGAAAUAAAGUCUCCUGACAAGAAAAGAGAGACUGAAAUCAAAGCUACUGAAAAAGUAGAGCCUGAAAUCAAAACUCCUGAAAAAGUAGACCUUGAAAUCAAGGUUUCUGAAACGAAAUCACAGACAGAAAUCAAAUCUCCUGAAAAGAAAGCAGAAUCAGAAAUCAAAUCUGAAAAGAAACUACAGCCAGAAAUAAAGUCUCCUGACAAGAAAGCAGAGUCUGAAAUCAAGGAUCCUGAAAAGAAAACAGAGGCAAAAAUCAGAUUCCCUGAAAACAACCUAGAAACUGCACUUGAAAUUUCUGAGAAGAAACCAGAACCAUCAAAGGAGGAGGAAGAGAAAACAGUAGUAUCUGUCUCAACUGCUUCGCAGCCUGCACAAAAGAAAGUCAAGGUUAACGAGAGGGAAAGUGACACAGCUAUGGCAUAUUUUUCAUCAAUGAAAUCUGUACAAGAGUUUUCAAGUGAAGAAGUCUACAUGGAAUCAUCCAACGCUCUAAUGUCUUCAUCUGCAUCAAAGAAUGUGAGGUUUGAAUCAAGUUCUGUCCAAUCUGAAUCUGUGGAGACAGAUGGAGUCUCAAAUGUGUUCAAACUGACUCAUUCCACAUUGGCUGAUGGUCGGCCAGUGUUUACAAAGACCAUUGAAGGCAGCAACUUGGAACCGGGUCACAAUGCCAUAUUUGAGUGUGAAGUUGCAUCUGAUACACCAACAUCAAUGACGUGGCUGAAAGACAACAGACUAAUGGAAGACAAAUUAGCAGACCGUGUGUUAAUUUCAUCUCAGGAUGAUAACAGCAAGUUUAAACUGGAAUUGCAACAUUGUCGGGAGUCUGACAGUGGUGUCUACACUGCCAGAGCAACUAAUGUUAUUGGUAAUGCCUCUUGCACUGCGCAGCUUGUAGUGCAGGAAUUGACAGAGGAAGAGAAGAGGAGACGAUCAGAAGCAAAUUCUCCACUAUUUGUUGUGAAACUAAAAGACACAGAGCUAUUGGAGAAUACAUACCUACGUUUCAUGAUAAAAGUGAAGGGUCAACCGAACCCUACCCUGAAAUUCUUCAAGGAGGGCAAACAGAUAUCUCCAAACAAUGAGAGGAUACAGGUAGUAACUGAGAAGGCUGAGAAGGGAUUCUAUGAACUAGUGAUAGCUGAUGUGUUGCCUGAAGAUGCUGGAAAGUAUUCCUGCACUGCAACAAACGAGUAUGGAGAAGUAAGCUGUGAGGCCACUGUUAGUGUUACAAAUGAAAAGGAAAUAUUUAAAGGAUUGGGUUCAAGUCUCCUGCAGCCUGGAGAAGAGGCACAAUUCCAGUGGCUUCGAGAUGGACAACCUUUUGACCCAGAAGAAAGAUUUAAAGUCUUAUUCAAGGAUGAUGAAGACUCGCUGGCACUAGUAUUCCAGCAUGUGAAGCCUGAAGAUGCUGGCUUGUACACAUGUGUGGCUUCCACAUCCACUGGCAAGAUCUCCUGCAGUGCAGAGUUAACUGUGCAAGGCUCAGUGAAUCAGUUGGCCCGAGAACCUGAGGUUCCAAAGAUUAGUACUGAGUCUAAAACCACAGAAGUGGGUAUAGGGGGAUCUGCCAUGUUGGAGCUGAAGGUAGAGGGUUACCCAAAACCUGACAUCAAAUGGACAAAAGAUGGCAAGGCAGUGGAGGCAGGAGGCAGAGUCCGCUUCUUGUAUGAAGAUGAGGAGUCUAUGUCACUAAUCAUUAAGGGUGUGACAGCAGAAGAUGCUGGAAAAUACAUAGUUGUGGCCAAGAAUGAACUUGGCCAAGAUUCCACUGAAAUGGACUUAUUGGUUAAAGCUCCUCCCAAAAUUAAGACUGAACUGCAGAAUUCAUCCUGCAUGACAGAUGAAAAGAUGACAUUCACUGUUGAGGUGGAAGGAAUGCCAGUUCCUGAGGUAAAAUGGCUGAAGGAUGGUCACCAGAUCUCCCAGACAGAUCGUACCAAGAUCGUGAAGGAGAAAGAAACACACAGUCUCACUAUUGAAAAGGCUCGCUUGGAGGAUACUGGUUCAUAUUCAGUUGUGGCUGUCAAUGAAAUCAGCCAGACGUCGUCCUUUUGGCAGUUUGUUGUUCAUUCCCCACCAGUUAUCGUGAAGAAUUUGAACAAGAAAGUAGAGUCAAAAGAAGGUGAUACUCUUUCUUUCGACAUUAAAGUUCAAGGAGAUCCAAAGCCAGAGGUCAAGUGGGUGAAGGAUGGAGAAGAUGUGAAAGCAGAUGGAAAACACAUCACAAUAUCUGAGGAUGGUCAGUUGCACUCUCUAGUCAUCACAAAUGUAAACCGCAGUGAUUCAGGAACAUAUGCAGCACAGGUCUGGAAUGAUCAUGGCUGGCUGAAAGACACAAGUGAGAUGAAUGUUCGCUGUGCACCAGAGUUCAAAAGAAAGCUUACCGACUUCACAGCAAAUGAGGGGGACACCAAUGUUGAAUUCAGCAUAAAUGUGGAGGCUUACCCAAAGCCUACCAUCAAAUGGUACCUGAAUGACAUAGAAAUUACAGAGAAGCAGACAGAGUUUACUCGUGUGGAGGAUGAGAAUGACUACAAGCUCAUCAUUAAAGAAGUUGCCGCAGACUUAACUGGGAAUUAUGCAUGCAGAGUCACCAACGAUUUGGGAUUCAGUGACACAACUUGUAAUUUGACAGUACAUUACAAGCCUCGCUUCCUGAAAGGUCUCACAAAUAAAGAAGUUGAUGAGGGACAGGAACUCACGCUGUCCAUGCAGUGUUCUGCUGUUCCUGAACCAAAGAUUAAAUGGUUUAAAGAUGGGCAGGAGGUGACAGCAGAUGCCCACAUUAAAAUAAGCCGAGACUCACAGUCAUUGGAGGAAUACAAUCUGACAGUCACUGUUGUAAAAGGUGCAGAUGCUGGUGAUUAUGAGGCUCGUGCAGAGAACUCAUUGGGCACAGCUUUAACCAAGAGUACAGUCAAAGUGAACACCCUUACAAAGAAAAAGGAGAAGGAAGAAGAAGCAGAAAUAUCACAAGAAGUUACCUCAAAGGAAGUAGUUGAAGAGGAGGUGACAGUGGAAGUUAUUCCUCAACAGGGUGUUCAAGAUGAAGUGUUAGAAGCACAACAGUCGGAAAGGCAAUCUCUGUCAACAGUUGAGACUCAGAGUAUAACAUAUUCUUGUGGAGUUGGAGUUGGUGAACAGACUGUCACUAUAUCUGUAGCUACAACUCUGCACCAAACCGCAGUGCUCUCAGAAGAUGGUUUGCAAGCCAUUCCUCAAAUUAUUGGCACAGACAUGGAUGAUAGAAAAAUAUAUGAGUCAUUAUAUACUACAUAUGAAGUUCAAGCUACUGGCAUCCCAAGACCAGAAGCAAAAUGGUACCAUGAUGGGGCUGAAAUCACUUCUUCUGAUCAUGUGAAACUGUCAGAUAGCGGUGAAUCUUACAAGCUGGAACUGAAGGAUGCUCAGUUGUCUGAUGCUGGAACUUACAAGUGCAAGAUUUCAAAUAGGCUUGGAGAGAAGACCCAUGAAGCAAAACUGUCACUUAUUUCUGUUAAUGAGUUCAGGAAGCCAAAAAUCAAGCAGCCAUUGUUGCCUCUGUCAGUACCUAAGAAUGAACCAGCUGUGCUAACAUUAGUACUCACUGCUGACCCCCUUCCAGAUAUUAAAUGGUUUCAUGAUGAUGUGGAGCUGACUGAAGAUGAAUUCCACAAAUUUACUUUUGAGACCAAGGAUGUAGAAGAUGGUUUAAAGGAAUACACAUACACCCUGUCUGUCCCCUCUGGCCGCCACAAGGACACUGGCCAAUACAAGUUCACUGCCAAGAACAAAUUUGGGGAGGAUGAGUGCAGUGCCCGACUGGAUAUUCUUCUUGUACCUGAAAUUGAUGGAAUGAAAGACUCACAAAGAAUACCAUAUGAAGACAUUGAAUUUGAAGUCCUCAUUCUUGCCAACCCUAAACCCCAAGUUGUCUGGACUAAGGAUGGACAGAAAAUUGAGAAUACAGAACACACUAAGAUUACAGGAGAUACUGAGAAGGAGAUUUACAAGCUGUACAUCUCUAACAUUGGCCUAGGAGAUGAUGGAACAUAUACUGUGACCGCAACCAACAUUCGAGGAGAGAGUAGCCAAACAGCAAAAUUCCAUGUACAUACGGAGGUUCCUACAUUUGUGAAAAAUCUGGAAGAUCAGACUGUCAAGGACUAUGAUGAUGCAGAAUUUCGUGUCCGAGUUAAUGGUGUGCCAAAGCCUCUUAUCAAGUGGUUCAAGGAUGGUAAGGAACUAAAGAGUGAAGACAGACUCACCAUUGAGACGGUCUCUGAGGUGUUGGUGUCCAGUUGUAUUGCAAUUAAACAUUUCAGUGAAAGUGAUGUUGGAAAGUAUAGUGUGACAGCAUCCAACUUAGUUGGCCAAGCAGAGACAACUGCUAACUUGAUCAUGGCUCAGAUCCCUCCUUCAUUUGGAAGACCUAUUGAUAGAGCCAUUGAGGUGGAUGAAGGGGACAUAUUGGAGAUUAAGACAAAAGUAGAUGGCAGCCCUGUUCCAAAAGUCAAAUGGUUUAAAGAUGGUGAGGAACUAUCUGCUAGUGAUCAUGUUAAACUCACAGCCUUGCCAGAUGGUUCUGUUAGAUUGUACAUUGACAGUGUGGUUCCAACAGACUGUGGAGCAUACAGGCUUGUUGCCACCAACAAGAAUGGAGAAGCAACAGCCAUCUCUGCCAUUGCUGUUAAGCCCAAUAACCGCAAACCAACAUUUUUAAAACAACUGGAAGACACAAAGGCUGUUGUUGGACAGCCCCUUAAGUUGGAAGCCCAAGUCAUUGCAUUCCCUGCACCAGAAAUAAAGUGGUUCAAGGAUGGUCACCCCAUUCGUCCCACUCAGGCCAUCAACUUUGUGAACCAACCUGGUGGCGUUAUUGGUCUGCACAUUGAUACUGUGAAGCCAGAGGAUGCUGGUAACUAUACUGUUACAGUAAAUAACAAACUUGGUGACCUGACAGGAGCAGCAAAGGUGGCUGUUGAGGCUCGAGAAAAGAAGCCAAGUUUCCAGGCAGGCCUACAGCCUAGCACAGUUGUUGAGGGCUUCCCUGCCAAGUUGGAGGUGAAAGUCCUAGGACAUCCCCCACCCACACUCAAGUGGACUCACAAUGGGAAGGAGAUUGUGCCAGAUGGGAAGAGUGUGAAGAUUGUUCAACUGCCUGAUGGAACAACAACACUUGUGCUAGAAAAGGCAAAGCCUGAGGAUGCUGGAGACUAUGAAGUGACAGCUACAAAUGAGAAGGGCUCAGUUUCAUCCAAAGCUCGUUUAGAUGUGUCAGACAAGGGUCGUGGUGAUGCUCCAGAAGAAAAGCCUGCAUUUAUCCAUGGCCUGCGUGAUGUAACAACAGAGGAGGGAGACAUCCUCCUGCUUGGUGCACCUUUCAUUGGCAACCCUAUUCCUGAUGUCAAGUGGACAAAGGAUGGAGAACCUGUUGUUCCAUCUGAGCGCAUUAUGCUCACUUGUGACGGAAAGAAGGUUGGUCUUGAGGUAAAGCCUGCAAAGCUGAGUGAUGCAGGCAACUACCUCUGCCAGUUGAAAAAUCCCCUGGGUGAAGAUGAGUCAGCAGCUAAAGCAUCUGUGAGAAAAGUGUACCAGGCUCCUAACUUCACCCAGAAGUUCACUGACUUGCAGCAGCUUCCAACAUUUGAUGCAAAAUUCCCAGCUCGUGUGAUUGGUAUUCCACAACCAGAUGUCUCAUGGUACUUCAAUGAUCAACUAAUCACUCCUGGUACUGGUCCAGACACUGAUAAGUAUCGGGUGAAGCGGGAUGGCGAUGCUGUCUGCUUGUAUGUGAGGGACUGCAAGCCAUCAGACUCUGGGCGCUACAAGUGCAGGGCCUUCAACUGUGAUGGAGAAGCCUCAUGUGAGGCUAUCCUUGAAGUAGUGGAUAAAAUUGAGAAGAAGCAGAAAGUAGAACCUCCAGAAUUUCUGAAGAAGAUUGGUGAUUGUGAGGUAUAUCAAGGCAUGACGGCUAAGUUCACAGCCUGUGUGUCUGGUUUCCCUGAACCGGAAUAUGAAUGGUUCCAUGAUGGAGAGAAGAUUUAUCCGAGUAAUCGUAUCCACGUGGAACAUGAAGGAUCAGGUCUUCUUAGACUGUCUAUUGAAGGUGUGGUUCCAUCAGAUGUGGGCAAAUAUAAGUUGCGAAUAUUCAACCCCCAUGGUGAGGCAACCUGUGAGGCAGACCUGAAUUAUGACUCUCUUGAAAGUAAGCCAAAGCGACCUAUUGGAGACCAAUACACUGACUUCGAUAAGUUCCGCAAGACAGGAGCUCCACUGCCUCUAGCAGAUCGUCCAAUUAUAAGCCGCAUGACUGACCGUCGUCUUACUUUGUCAUGGAAGCCUUCAAUUCCAAUUGGACCAAGAGUACCUGUAACAUAUAGAGUGGAGAUGUCAGAGCAGCCUGACGGAGACUGGUUUACUGCCCGUACAGGAAUUCGAAGCUGUGCCUGUGAUAUCCAUAAUUUGGAACCAUUCCGUGAUUAUAAAUUCCGUGUACGGGUGGAGAACAAAUAUGGGGUCAGCGAUCCUUCACCUUUUGCAGUCACUUUCAGAGAAAAGUUGGAGCCUGAUCCACCUAAGUUCUUCCCAUAUCUACAGCCGGGUAUUGACUUUCGCCCAGAGACAUCUCCAUACUUUCCUAAAGACUUUGACAUUGAAAAGCCACCACAUGACGCAUAUGCACAGGCUCCAAGGUUCCUCAGACAAGAGCAUGACACACAGUAUGGCGUGAAGAAUCACAAUUGCAACCUCUUCUGGUUUGUAUAUGGCUACCCCAAACCAAAGAUGACUUACUACUUCAAUGGUGAACCUAUUGAAACUGGAGGACGAUAUGACACAAGCUACACAAGAAACGGUCAAGCCACUCUCUUCAUUAACAGGAUGCUGGAUCGUGAUGUAGGAGAAUAUGAGGCAGUGGCAACUAAUGAGCAUGGUGAAGCUCGGCAGAGAGCUAAGUUGGAAAUUGCUGAAUAUCCGGAAUUCAUUAAGAGGCCAGAAGAGACUAUUAUAUUGACAAGACGGUCUGGACGUAUUGAUGCCAGAGUGAUUGGUGUGCCAUAUCCAGAGAUCAAAUGGUACAAGGACUGGCAGCCUAUUGCAUCUUCUAGCCGAAUCAAGAUCCAGUUUAUAGAGCCAGACACAUGCAUCUUGGUGAUUAAUGAUGCUAUAACCAAGGACGAGGGUCUGUACAGCCUGAGUGCCCGCAACAUAGCAGGAACAGUGUCUGCCAGCGUGAUGGUGCAUAUAGAGGAGAGUGAACAAGAAUAUGGUUACCUGACGUACAGCAGGGGGCGCAACAUCAAGCCUAAGACCAAGCCAUUUGAGGAAUGCUAUGACAUCGGUGAUGAGCUGGGCAGAGGUACCCAGGGGGUGACGUAUCAUGCUGUGGAGAGGCUGACAGGUCGUAACUAUGCUGCAAAGAUCAUGCAUGGAAAAUCUGAUCUGCGCCCAUUCAUGAACAAUGAAUUGGAAUACCUGAAUUUGCUGAAUCACCCCAAGAUCAUACGCCUGCAGGAUGCAUAUGAGACCAAUCGCACACUCACCCUUAUUACAGAACUGGCAGGUGGAGGUGAACUGCUGGAUAACUUGACAAAACAGAUGUACAUAAGUGAGACAGAUAUUGCUGGUUAUAUUCGUCAGGUGCUGUGGGGACUGGAGCACAUGCACAUCCAAAAUAUUGCACACCUUGGUCUGACAAUUGGAGACCUGCUCAUUUCCCAUCCUGGUGGUGAUGACCUGAAGAUAUGUGACUUUGGGUUAGCAAGAAGGAUAGCAUUUGGCAAACUUGCUGCAUUAGACUAUGGUAUGCCAGAGUUUGUGGCUCCAGAAAUCGUUAAUGGGGAUGGCGUGGGCCUGGGGGCAGACUUGUGGUCUGUUGGCAUUAUCACGUACCUUCUGUUGUCUGGUCAUUCUCCCUUUAGAGGAGCCAAUGAUCGGGAGACAUUGACCCGCAUCAAGGAGGGGAAGUAUGAGUUUAAGGAUGAGUGGUUCUCUGGCAUCUCUGCUGAAGCAAAAGACUUUAUCCAGCGUUUGCUGGUAUACAGUGCAGAUGACAGGAUGGAUGUGAAAAUUGCACUGAAACAUCCCUGGCUGCAAGUAGCAGACAAGAUUCCAGUGGACCAAUACAAGAUCAGCACAGAGCAUCUCAAGAAUUACUGCAAUCACUACCGGGAUUGGUAUCACAAUGCAUCUUGCCGAACGUGGUUUAGAAGGCGACCUCUAAGUGGUGCUUUCACCCAUCCUUCUAAAAUGGUGUACCCACCAGGACACAUAUACACACCAGAACCAACACCUGAACCCACAUCCAAGGAGCCGAAAGAGCCUCGAACAUAUGAGGCUCAACUGCCUCCUAGGCCACCCCUUGACUAUGAAAUUGGCAGUGUAAAAUCAGAGAGCCACUAUCAGUAUGGGCCUGACACAUACCUACUGCAGCUGCGUGAUGUCGAUUUUCCAGUGAGACUACGGGAGUACAUGAAAGUGGCAGCCAAUAGAGGUCCAGUUGUCGGAGUCCAUGAAAACUAUGAUUGGAGAACACCAGUCAUUCGUGAAAGACGUCGCUUUACAGAUGUCAUGGAUGAGGAAAUUGAUGAUGAAAGAAGGGAGCGUAUCAACCAGUAUGGUUCCAGUGAUGUAUAUUCCCUUAGAAGGCUAAGACGAGAAUUGGGGACAAGACUGGAUGGCCAUGCUGAGGCUGAGGCUAUGAUAGAAUACAAACGAGAAGGACAGCCUCCGUUUUUCCGAGAGAAACCACAGAUUCUGCCUAUAGUUGAUGAUCAACCAGCAGAGUUGGUCUGCUAUGCAGUUGGAGAUCCCAAGCCAACUGUCCAGUGGUUUAAGAAUGACCUAGUCAUCACAGAGAGUCAUCGAGUCAAGAUCCUAGAGGAUGCUGAAGGUCGUUCUAUCCUGAGGUUUGACCCUGCCUCAAAUGUGGAUGUUGGUAUAUACAAGGUUGUUGCUCGCAACAAAGUAGGCCAGACCCAGGCUCGUACAAGAUUGGUUCUGGCAAGUGUCCCCUCAGCUCCAGACUCACCAGAGGCUGCUGAGAUAUCAGACACUGAGGUUCUACUAAGAUGGAAACAACCAAAAGAUGAUGGCAAUUCUGCAGUUCUUUGCUACAAUUUGCAGUACAAGGAAGCUGAUAAUGUGGAAUGGUUGGAUGUUGCUAACAAUAUUGACCAUGAGUUCUAUGUUGUCCGUAACUUGCGUUCAAAUGUCACUCAUCAGUUUCGGUUAGCUGCAAGGAAUCGCAUUGGCUGGAGUGAGAAGGGCAUUCCAACUCCACUUGUUAGGACCAAAGAAGCAGGUGCUCCAAAGGUGCAGGUUACAAGAGCCAUGAAGCACCUUCAGGAGAUCACUGAGUCUGGUCAAGAGAUUACUCUAGAUGAACCAGUCGUUCACUUGGAUUAUUCAGCAGAGAAAACACCGAUUGAGUGGAGUAGUGAGGGGGCUCUUGGUGAAAAAUACAGCUUUAUCUCAGAGCUUGCUCGUGGCCAUUUCUCAGCAGUUGUAAAGGGCAUUGAGAAAGCCUCAGAUAAAGUUAUUGUGGCCAAACUGUUGGAACUGAGACCUGAGACUGAAGCUAAGGUCACAAGAGAAUUUGAGGCUCUUAGGUCCUUCAGGCAUGAAAGAGUAGCAGCCUUACUUGCAGCAUAUAAACCAGCAGGAUCAACAAUUGCUAUCUUGGUGCAGGAAAAGCUGCAGGGUGCUGACAUCCUUACAUACUUUUCCAGCAGACAUGAGUAUACAGAACAAAUGGUGGCCACUGUUAUUACGCAGAUUCUUGACGGGCUCCAGUACUUGCAUUGGCGAGGCUACUGCCAUCUGAACCUCCAGCCUGAUAACAUUGUGAUGGCAUCAGUGCGCAGUGUGCAGGUGAAACUGGUAGACUUUGGCUCUGCCCAGCAUGUCAGUAAACUGGGUACUGUUGUUGAAAAAGUAGGGGACUCAGAAUAUUCAGCUCCAGAAGUGUUGAAGAAUGAGCCAGCUUUUCCACAGACUGAUAUCUGGAGUGUUGGUGUUGUAAUGUAUAUCCUGCUGUCAGGAGUAUCACCUUUCAGAGGGACUGACAGUGAAGAGACACGCCAAAAUGUAACAUUUGUGCGCUACAGGUUUGAAUAUCUCUUCAAAGAGCUGACACAGGAAGCUACACGAUUCCUUAUAUUGGUGUUUAAGAGAGCACCAGGGAAGCGGCCUACAGCUGAAGAAUGUCAUGAGCAUCGGUGGUUGCUACCAACAGAAUUUGUGAUCAAGAAGAGAGAACGUGCCAUAUUUCUAGGAAACAGGCUCAAGGACUUCUCAGAAGAAUACCAUUUACGCCGGGCACAAGAAGCCACAAAAUCUGAAUCGCUCACAGGUGCCUUUGGGGUCCCAAAAACUCUGGUGCGAUCUAGCAGCAUUCAGGAAGAGCUGUUUACAACGUUUUAAUCGCAUUGGAGCGACAAUGUAUGGCUAGAUUGAAUCUAUGAAGUCACUCUCAAUGUCAGCUACUACCAGUAAAACUUGAGAGAAAAAAUUAUUUGCAUCUUACCUGCCUAAGGAAGUUCAUUUAGCAACAACAUAUUUUUAUUAAAUUAACAUUAGUAGAAUGUUUAGUUAUAUAAAUUGGUACUCUCUUUGAACCUUUACAGUGCUAAUUUUUUUAAAAUAAUCCAUCAACAACGUUAUAUAAUUUUUCACACAGUAGUUUAUAAUUUUAUUCCAAAAUGAAGUCACUGUUUGUGAAUGAAAAUUUCAUUCAUUCAAUGGCCUGGGAUUUGAUCUCGUGAUUUCACCCCCCCUCCCCCCCAAAAAAAAGGUUGAAAGAAGAACAGCUUGGGAUCCUAUUCUUAUUUCCAUAUUUAUUGCAUUAUUUUUGUUUGUUAUCUGGGAUGCAAAUAUGUUGCAAAAGGCUGUAAAGAAAUUGCAUCUGAAAUAAGUGUUAAAACAGAACCUCUGGCAACCAUUAUGUUAACUGUGGAACCUUGUAGGAUCCAUGCUAAUGCAAAAAUAAAUGCUGUUAUGAACGAGUUAACAAACUGGUGGUCUGUAAUUAAUAUGCUACAUGUCUGCAGGAGGUCUAGGAUUUUAAGCUGAUUUGUCCUUCCAUGCCAGGUUCUUCGUUCAACCAUAAUUCUAAUUGUUUUCCCUCAUAGAUGCCCCCAUCCUAGAAAUGGACUUUAUUCAACCCUUUUUGAAGCAGGAGGCACCAGGAAAGCUGAUGAGACUGUAACUGGAAGCAUCGGUGAUAACAGUAUCAACAAUAAAGACCAUAAUGGCUUCUCUGGGUGUCUUAUUUCCCUCGUGAGUUUAGUUUUAUUGUCAUGUAUUAACAUAAGUUAAUGAUGUGCAAUAACAGAUAACCCUCAGUUCUGUAUGUGCUCUUCUGAUUGGAAUGAAUGAAAACUAAACGAACGAAACUGACAUCGAUUAUUGUAUAAUAUUGCAAAAAUAUAAAAAAUAAAUAUGAUUUUAAACAAA